AAGCGUUUGGUUCACUGGACUUCAUUCUCCCGUCAUCUGUGUCAAACCAUAGUUCUGGGUUGAAAGCUGAAAACUGUUCAUUUAGUUUCAUCUCUUUUUCACCAUCUUGCCGUGUUUUUGUCCCCCAUCUUUUUUCAAACCCUUUUUAUCAACGAACUGCUGUUUAGCUCGCCGAGCAAUCGAUCGUGCGUCAUUGACCCGCUCAUGUUAGUGCCCAGCUAGCAGCACUUACACCACCCAUUUCCCCCUUAUUCGGGACUUACACCUGAACCACCACCUACCCACCUAAUACCAUUUCGAACUUCUACCAUUCAACAACCGAUACGUAUCUUCAACCAUCAUCAUCACCACCACAACGAUGAUACCCAAACACCUCACCACCGCCGCCGCCCUCUCGGCCACCCUCCUCUCCGCCCGCGGCGCCGCCUUCCUCAUCCCUCCCGAGCUCUCCGACACCGACAUCGCCUUUGCGCAAGAAGUCGCUUCUGACAUCAACAACCCUCCCUCUGCCAACGGCCUCGACCCCAUCACCGCCUCCGCCUCUCAACACCAACUCAUCGAGCUCGCCUGUCCCGGCUGCCCCGUCCUCGUCAAGGACCGUCACCACAACAGCCACCACCCCAAGGUUUUGACCGACAAACCGAACCACUUGGAGCUGGACUUCAAGAUUGAUCAUACUGCUGGAACGGCGGGAGGGGAUAGGUUGCUUGUUAACGGGUUUGAACUGUUUCCUAAUGCUGAUCCUUUGAGGGGGGAGUUAUGGGCUGGACAGGCUUUGGAGGCGGGUGGUCCUGAACAUGUGCGCACUGGCAAGGUCGAGGAUAUGGAGCAUAAGGAGGAGGAGGAGAAAAGUGACCACAAGCACGAUUCCGACCACGAGCAUGACGACGACAAGCGCAAGCACAAGAACCGGAAGCAUAAGAACAGAAAGCACCGCAACCGCCACCCCAAAACCCUCCCGCAAAACCUCGGUUUCGGGCUUCGCACUUCUCUGCCCCAGGUUUCUUCCGACCCCGCCGAGCAGUCUACUGCUGCCGUUACUCAAGAAAUCAUCGACUUAAACCUACAGAUCCUCGAAGUCGGCAACGCCUUCGUCUCGGGAAUUCCUAGCGUGGAAAUCAAGCUUCUGAGGGAUUCGGUCACGCAGAAGUUGAUGAUUGGGAAUAUCGAGACUGCUGCUUCCAACGAGGAUAACGGGAUUCCGGUGCCGUUUAUGGGUGUUGUUCCCGACCAAAAGGAGGAUGAGUGUGAUAACUUCUUGUGUCGCCUGUUGGAGGGGUUCAGGGAGAAGGUUAAGAGUGGGAAGGAGACCUGGGGGAAGCAUAUGGGGGGUUGUCAUGGUGGUCAUGGUCAUGGUAUGGGUCAGGCCGAUGACAACAAGCCUGUUGAAGAGGCUACUCAGGAGGGUGACCAGCGGGAGAUGCCAGUGGUGGAGAUUGAUAUUGAACGUAUCGAUAUCACCGAGUCCGAGGACGGUACUUGGGAGAUUGUCGCCUCUCCCGUUGAGGAGGUCGAGGAAGAAAAGAAGAUCAAGGACCUACUCGAUGAGGUGCCCGAGCAGGAGGCGUCUGAGGAGCAUCACGGUUGGAACGGUCACGGUCACCACCACGGUGGCAUGCACCGCUAUGAGCACAGCUGGGGCCAGUUGCUUAAGAGCAUCACUGCCCAUGUGCUGUUGCCGGUGUUGAUUGGUAUUGUUGCUGGUGUUUCUGUUAGCUUCAUCGGCAUGGCUUUCGGAACCCUCAUCGUCGCUCUCUACCGCUUCUUCUACCGUCGUCAUGGUUCCAGCGGUCACAAGUGCCGUCGCAACGGUGGUGCCGGUUGCAAGCGUGCUCAUCGUCAUCAUCACCACGGCAAGGACGAAGCUGAGGCUCCUGUUGAGGAAAAGGCUGGUUUGUUGAAUGCACAGGAGCCUGAGGCUGAGGUCGAGGCGCCCCCGGCUUAUGAGGAUGCCAAGGUUGCUGAGGAGGGCGAGGUCAAGAAGUGAGGAUUGACCCUGAGUGGUCUGUAUGCCCGCUGAUAAGUUGGGAACAUUGCAAUGUAGGAUAUGGUGGAAGCUCAGGUUAGCGAGGGCAAUGGAAGUUGAAGGGAUAGCAGAGCUACUAUACCAGAUUGUCAAGCACCCAGAUUCGGAGAUUAGUUAGCUGUUUAGGUACGCUCUCUUGGCAAAAUUCCAUUUCAAUUUGUUAUAUUUGAA